GAUGGUCCAAAAGAGCAGGAAACCAUUCAUCUGCUCGGCAUGUUAUAAACAGAAGCCCGGUUCACCGUUUCAUCGAUUAGUACACUCUUUGUGUUACUGGGAAGGAACUUCUUGUUUGAUGAAGUUCUAUGUGGUCUGAUUGGCGAGUUUCCAUAGCUGGCUUCCCCUUUGCUUGACUUCUGCUCUCGAAUCAGGAAUGUUUGAAGUGGUUUCCAUUGGAAAGUCCCUUGGUUUCUGUGAAAUACAGCACCAGCAGCUGCAGCAAGAAGAACUGACAGAGUUUUAAGCCUUCAGUCCAUCUCUUGGGGUUCUAGCUCAAGCUUAUGGGGUCUACCCUGUUCUCUGUCUCCCUUACAGUAUGUGUAAUCAUGGCUAUCUGACUCAAGGAACUGAAGCUCCAGUAUGAGGUAAUCUGGGUAAGAUGGCUUAGUCAUUGUACAUAAUUAAGACCAAGUCCCUGUAACACACAGGACCUGAGUCACACACACACACACACACACACACACACACCCCACACAUACCACACACACAUACCAAAUACACAUAUCAUACCCCUCCAUACUCCUACACAUACACCCAUACAUACCACAUACUACAUACAUGCACACACAAUAUGUCUAUUCUUAGUUGUCAACUUGUCUACAUCUAGAAUUAGCUAAAAACAAAACAAAACAAAGCCACUAGGCACUCCUUCGAGGGAUAGUUUUUAGGUGAUUGGAUCACUGAAGGUCUGAAGACCCACCUUAAAUCUGGGCCACACCCUCUUAUGGCAGUUGAUAUAAAGGACAAGGGAGAAAGAAGUUCUUGCUCUUUGCCUGCUUGUCCUCACUCUUUCUGGAAAGUCUAUUCCUUCAUUGGCAUUAGAGCCUAUUUCCACAUUCCAACCAGCUGAGACAUUCAGCCUUGUGGACUGAACAACUACUGGAUUCUUGGACUUUCUGCUACUAGCCAGCCAUUGUUGGACCCAGCUGGACCACAGCCUGUAAGUCAUUCAAUUAACCCCCUUUAUAUAGAGAUAUAGUUACAUUAUCACUUCUCUUUCGGUUGAGAACACACGCACGCAUGCACGCACGCAGGCAUACACCGAUACACAGAGUAAUUUUUGUUCCUGGGUUGAACCUGGUUGAUUCAGUGGGUGUUUAUUUAAUGACACUGGAAACUUCCAGACACUUGCCAAGCAACUGCUCCUGCACACCCUCUCUGGUUGCUCUGCAGCCUUACCUUACUCUAAUGUUUUAUUCUUUUAGAUUUUUACCCCUUCUGGUUAGUGGGUGGGUAUUUUCAUUUUAAAAAUGACUUCUCCUUUAGCUUCUUAAGAAAUUCAAGAACAGCCAGGAGGUGGUGGCGCACACCUUUAAUCCCAGCACUCGGGAGGCAGAGGCAAGCAGAUCUCUGUGAGUUCAAGGCAGCCUGGUCUACAAAGCUACACAGAGAAACCCUGUAUUGAAAAACCAAUAAUAAUAAUGAGAGAGAGAGAGAGAGAGAGAGAGAGAGAGAGAGAGAGAGAGAGAGAGAGAUUCAAGAACAAGAAACGGACUGGAGCUACAAAUGUUAACAAUGCAGUGCUGCCGUUUGCAGUGAAACAAUGGAACUGGAGGCCAUCAUUCCAAGUGAGAUAAGCCAGGCACAGAAAAACAAGGACAGAAUGUUCCCUCUCAUGGAUAGGAAGGAAGUCAUUCUGAAGAGUAGACAAGUGGUUCCUAGAGACUGGAACGGAUGCUGCAGGGAGGGGCGGAGGGUGGAAGAGGGGUGAGUGGAAAUGACCCCUGCAUGUUGUGUGCAUGUAUGGAAAUUCACACUCAGCCUCAUUAGUAUGUACAAUUAAUAUGUGUUAAUAAAAAAGUAGGAGAUUUUCUGAGGAAAGACUUUGGAAGCUGGGGAAAGCAUGUGAUAGAGAAUUACAUCUUCACCCCUCAUUGGCUGCAUGAUCUUGGUUGACUAUCUCUCUGGGCUUCAGCUUUCUCAUCUAUGAAAUGAAUUAUUCAUCAUAACUAACAAGUAUCGAUUGCUUCCCAGAUGCCAGACGAGGCUCUAAGCACUCCCCGUGUACUCUGUCAUCGAAUUCUCUUGAUUCACAUUGGGGUGGGUGCUCCCAUGACCCUCAACUUAGAUGAGGGGAAACUGCCAUAGAUAAUGUGUCCACAGUAUAUACACUGCAGACCCAGGAUUCAAACAUGGACAAUUUGGCUUCCAGCACCAUGUUUUCCAUCUACAACCCUCCAUCACAAGGAAAUGUGGGGCUAGAAUGAUAAUGUAGACGUACAGGCUCCCCCAAAGCAGCAGGGCUUCCCCCUCCUCCUCUUCUGUAGGUUGUGAUUAGAACUUGCUGUAUGGUUUUGUUAAACUGCAGAAAUGAACCUAAACAAACAAGCACCAGAAAAAUCCAGCUGGAAUAAUGAUGAAGACAUCCAAAAGGAAACAAAGAGAAAAGAAGAAGGGUUUGAGACUUCGAAAUUCCUUUGAAGACACACUUCUGGAGACCUAAGGACCUUCUGAAGAUCUACUUCCUGAAGGUUCCAUCACUUCCUAGUAGGACCCUACCCUGUGAACCAAGCCUUUAACUUGGGGCCUUUGGGGGACAGUCAAUGUGUAAACUCUAGCACACAGUCAGUGAUCACUUAAUAGUGGGUAUCCUUCAUGCCACUCUGUCUUCUCAGGGCUGGAGAACACCUUGGGAUUCAUAUGGUGUGAUUCAGCCUGGCUCUUAGAGUUGCAGGUAUAGACAUGUUUAGUAAUUUGAUAUCUUUUGUCUCCGAUAAAAUCUAGUACCUGUAAAUGUCUUCUUGGACGAACACAUGUAUUGGUUUAAAUCUGGAAUGUCCCAAAUAGGCUCAUGGUCUCAAUAUUUGGCCUCCAGCUUGUGUUAAAAUUUUGAAGACUGUGAAGCCUUUAUGAGGUGGGAGCUGGCUGGUGGAAGCAGGGUAUGAAGCUUUUCAGAGUGUAAACCAUCUAGCACUUUCUGUUUCCUGGCUCAUCCCCUUGUGAGGGGCCUCCAUUGCAUGCUCUUUGUUCUGAGUGCUACAAGGCUUUCUCUGCCAUGAACUAAAAUCUCUCUGGCAGAGUAAACCUCUCUUGUUUCUGUCACAGUGACAUGGGACAUACAGAAAAUUAGUAUUGGGAGUGGGACUGUUGCUAUAGGAAACCCAGGUAUGUGAUUCUUAAUCUUUUAGAAGUGGUUUUCAGAAGGACCACGUAAGAGCGGAGAUUCGGACUGGAGAAGCUCACAGAUGCUAGAUAGAGCCUCAUGUGGCCCAAGCUGGCCUUGAACUUUUUAUUUAGCAAAGGACGAUCUUGAACCUCUGACCUCCUGCUUCGACCUCUUGAGUGCUGGGACUACAGGCAAGCAUCUUCAUCCGCAGUGAUGAGUUUGGAACCCAGGACUUCAUGCUGCAUGCUAAGCAAACACUCUACUGAGCUACAGCCUCAGUCUUUUUACCCUCAGGAUUCAAACAAACCAAUUCCAUGGUACUCCUCCCCCAGCCCAGAGACAGCUGGAGCAAGAGGGCUCUUUGAAGACUGAGGACUUGCCAAAGGAAUUUUCCACACAUCACUACCAGUGGUCGGUCUCAGAGGGUUAGGGUAGGAUUUGGGGAAUCCAUUUCAUUCACAUCAGACCAUGGCAAGCCGGGGCCUGCCCCUUUACUUGGCCACCCUCUUGACUGGGCUGCUGGAAUGCAUUGGUUUUGCUGGUGUCCUCUUUGGCUGGACUUCGCUGUUGUUUGUGUUCAAAAAAGAAGGCUACUUUGCAGAACCCUGUCAACAGAACUGCUCGAAUAGCAGCAAUGCGACAGGGCCCCCUGCUCAGGAUGAGAAGUUCUCACUCAUCUUCACUCUGGCGUCCUUCAUGAACAACUUCAUGACCUUCCCUACUGGCUAUAUCUUUGACCGCUUCAAGACUACUGUGGCCCGCCUUAUAGCCAUAUUUUUCUACACCUGUGCCACACUCAUCAUUGCCUUCACCUCUGCAGACUCUGCCCUGCUGCUCUUCCUGGCCAUGCCAAUGCUUGCGGUUGGAGGAAUCCUAUUUCUCAUCACCAACCUACAGAUUGGGAAUCUCUUUGGCAAACACCGCUCAACCAUCAUCACCCUCUACAAUGGAGCGUUUGACUCCUCCUCAGUAGUCUUCCUCAUCAUUAAGCUCCUUCAUGAACGGGACAUCAGUCUCAGGGCCUCCUUCCUCUUCCUGUCUGUCUGCAGUGUCUGGCAUGUUGGGCGCACUUUUUUCCUGAUGCCUCGGGGACACAUCCCUUACCCACUGCCGCCCAACUACAGUUAUGGCUUGUGCUCCAGGUUUGGCACCAAAAAGGAAGAGAAGAAGACAACUGAGUGUGAAAUCAAGGAGCUGCAGUCAAAGGAGUUUCUUUCACCAAAGGAAGAGAACUCUGGACCAGGGCAGCUGCAGGAGCAGGAACAGCAGCAGCAGCAGCAGCAGCAGCAGCAGCAGCAGCAGCAGCAGCAAUGCUCGUUUAGAAGCUGUGUGCUCUCUCGUCGAUUUGUCUUGCAUGUGGUGUGGUUGUCCACCAUCCAGUUAUGGCAUUACCUCUUCAUUGGUACUCUCAACUCUCUAUUAAACAGAUUGGCUGAUAAUGACAGUGUGCAAGUCAGUGCCUUCACUAAUGCCUUCGCCAUCACCCAGUUUUUUGGGGUACUGUGUGCCCCCUGGAAUGGCUUGCUCAUGGACCGCCUUAAACAGAAGUAUCAGAAGGAAGCCAAAAAGACAGGUUCCUCCUCCUCGGCUGUGGCUCUCUGCUCCACGGUGCCUUCACUGGCCUUGACGUCUCUGCUGUGCCUGGGCUUUAUCCUGUGUGCCUCCAUUCCUGUCAUCCAGCUGCAAUACGCUACCUUCAUCCUGCAAGUGAUUAGCCGCUCCUUCCUCUAUGGGUGCAAUGCUGCCUUUCUCACGCUGGCUUUUCCUUCAGAGCAUUUUGGAAAGCUGUUUGGGCUGGUGAUGGCUUUGUCAGCUAUUGUGUCUUUGCUGCAGUUUCCCUUGUUCAAACUCUCCCCCCAGAACAUCGCCGUUUAUGUGUCAAUGGGGCUUGCCAUUCUUCUGACCUUGGCCCAUCCCUUGCUGGUAUACCGAGAGUGCCGCACUGAGAAAACAAAACCAUCUGUGACUCCCUAGCCCAGAAGCCCUCACGAGCUAGCCUUGAUGGUGCUUUUCCCGAUUCUUUCUCAUCUUUGAAGAUCCAGUGUCCACAAAGACUUUGUCUACCUGGGGGAACUGUACUAAGCAGCCAUACGUUUUUUCUGUUUUUUUGUUUUGUUUGUUUUCAAGACAGGGUUUCUCUGUGUAAUAGUCCUGGUUGUCCUGGAACUCACUUUGUUGACCAGGCUGACCUCGAACUUCGAGCUCACAGGGACCUGCCUGCCUCUGCCUCCUGAGUGCUGGGAUUACAGUCUUGUGCCACCAAUGCCAGCAUUGUUUUUUUUUUAAUUUUAUUUUUUAAACAAACAAACCAGGCAUUUAAGUCAUCCAGGACUUCUGAUCACCAAGAAGAAGAUUUCAGGGGCCAAGCAGCUUGCAUUCACACUGACCUAAAGCAAAGCCUCAUGCAAAUUCUCCUUGGUUUGGGAGCAGGAAGUUACUUUUUGCCCUGGGCCUCAGCAAUGGGGGGG